UGCAAAUUGUGCAGACCUGGACUUGAGUGUUGGGACGGCACCCAGAUGGCGCUGGGGAGCCUUCUGCUCAGGCUGGCGGACCUCCGCAUUGGGACCUCCAGACUCUUCCACCUCCUUCUAACUGUGCUCUCCCUGGAACUUUCUCUAAGUCUCUUCAAUGCCCCUACAGACUGAAGUGGAAUUGAGCAGAGUUCAUUCACACUCAACCACUGUUUGCUGAGCGCCCGCGGUGGCAGGCCUCCUUCUAGGAACAGAGCACCGAGCAACCGUAACCAUUUCAGUGAGGGAGGGGGCGCUGAACGGCAGGAAGGGAAAGCAAAAGAGGCAUGGUGGCCGUCGUGUUUUCCCCACUCAGGCCUGGACAAGGCCGGAUAGGUAGACAUUGCGAAUGGCUCUUGCACUAGGUCCACGUGAUGGUCCCACCAGUCCCGCGUCCGGACGGGCACAGGGUGAGAAGACAAGGCCCCAGCACCACUUAGUGAGAAAAUAAUUGCAUCCUCCAGGACCAGACCUAGGUUUGUCUUACAUCGCUGGCUAGGCUCUUCCUUGCCUCAUUAGCUUCUUGCCUCACACUUCAUUGAGUAGGUCAAUUUUAACCUCUGGUUGUUAAAGCCUGGGCUUCCCGCCUUCUUUGGGGAGCUCAUCAUUUACAUGGUACUUAAGAGGGAAAAGAUUAGGAACUGAGUGUCUGAGCUUGCCAAAUCCUUAUACCCAUCGCUGCUGCCCCCUCUCCAAUUCUAAGACCCUCCGCCAUUCUUCCGGUGCUUCCCUCCGCCACUUCCUCUACUUGCCUUGCCCCCAGUCUCCCCACACGACUGUAGUGACUUCAUGGGCUACCCUGUCAUCUUCUGGGAUAAACACAGCUCCGGUUUCUGUCUCUGAAAUGCCUCCUAUGUAAAGACUUAGCUAGUUACUCUAAAAGAUCCACUUCCUUCUCACGCUGCCCAUGCCGUUGUUCCCAUGAUGCUGUGUUAAGCAUUCAAAAGUCUUGCCAAGGGCUUACACUGGAUGCUGGGUCAAAUGCUCCGAGCACAAACGGAAUUCAAAGUGGUUGGGGGCCUCAGCAAAGGCCUUCAAUUUGAUUCAGGCCUUGAACCUGCGCAGGAAGAUCAGAACGAGAACAAAGGGGCCGUUUGGAGCCUGGCGUCCUUUGUCCCUCUGUGGAUGUCCUCAAACACUCUGUCUUUGAUACUCUUCCCCCUUUCAGAGCCGUUCUCCACACCUGUUGUCCCUGCCGUUCCAGGAGUCCUACGCUUUUGUCUCCACAGUCAUUGGUAACUGGAGCCUACUUGACAAUGUCAAGGGUCCCCGGUGGCAUAUAGAGCUCCAGCCUUGGGCAGGCCCUGCUCAGUCCCUGGAUGAAGAAGCCUCGAGGUUCCUGAGCUACAUCAGCACCACUCAGAUUGCAUGCGAUCACAUGGGUACAGACAGCUUGGCUACUGACUCCAGCCCUGCAACGAAGCCCUGGCUGGUGUGUCUUGAUGACAGGUUUGGCUUAGCUCAUCACAUCCGCAGCAAGCGGUGCCGCCUCUACUCCUUAGGGCUGGGCAAUGAUGACACACACUUUGAGGUGAGCAUGGCCAAGGACGGAUGUGAAGUACAUCGUUUCGAUCCUAGCGUCAAAUCAGCCCACGUUCUGGAGAGUCGGCGCCUCUGGCAUCACCGCUUGGCCAUUGACUGGCGGGAUCCACAUCCAGCUGUGGCUGCUCAAAAGCUACAUAGCAACACCAGAAAACUGGGCAGCAUUUUGAAUGAAUUUGGGCAUCACAAGAUUGAUAUUCUCAAGGCAGAUUUGGAAAGUGCGGAAUGGAAAGUACUAGAAAAUCUCAUUCUGGAAGAUGUCCUUGAACAGAUCGGCCAGCUCAUCUUUGAGAUUCAUCUCCACUGGCCUGGCUUUGAGGUCAGCGGCAGCGAGAGCAGCGUGGUGCGGUUCUGGUACAGCCUCCUGAAGGAGUUGGAGCGGAAGGACUUCCGGCUCUUCCACACCUAUAAAGACUUAUCGAAGCCUCAGCUUUUCCUGAAGAAAGACAUUUUCAAUGCCAGCAGCUGUUACACCCUGAGUUGGGUGAAUACAAGAUGGAAGUAGGAACGUGCAUACAAGAAAUGAUCACAGCUAUAGAGGCGUCGGUGCUUCCGGUCGUGGAGCUAGGUCUCCGCUUCCACCAGCCUGUUAUUGCUCAGGGCAGGAACUGUGUCUGCAGUACAUGAAGUCUUGAGCUGGACAAGCGACAGCAGCCCGCAUGAACACUCUGCUUUCCCAGACUGAGACUUCUGCGUGUUUGCCUUUGACAGAUCGGGGCGUGCCCUCUUCACUCUCUCUCACUCGGAGGGUAGAAAUACCCCGCCGGUGCCGGUUGCCGGUUUCCUUAAGACUCAUUAUGUGUCUAUAGCUCACGCAUUUACAUUAAAAUGAAAUUUUAUUAAUUUCGACGUUUACUAGGUUGAUCAGAUUUUAAAAUUCACUGUUCAUUUUAAACUGGGACACUCACCUCCUUCAAGGUUUCUCUUGCCCAGCCAGGCAAAGCUGUGCUUUGCAGCCUGUGGAUUUCUGCCAGUCCUUCUCAGCCUUUGCUGAGGCCAUGCUCUGGCUUCCCCAGAACUUGCUGAUUCCAGUUUCUGGGAAUUUAGAGACACCAACUUCUGUGAGAGAACGUCAAGAACUUCAGUUCAAAAUUCUUUUUGUACUCAGCCUUAAACCCUUUCAUUUCCUAUGAGACGAAGCCCAAAGCAGAGGCUGAGUGUUUUUGUUACUGCCUUGCCCGCCUUCAAACAUGACUUCCGUAACACAGACUCGCCUAUGCUGUCAAAUCCUCUGAAAUACACUAUCUUAGGGCUGAGGAGAUGGCUUGGUUAGGAGAGUGACUGCCACACAAGCCUGAGGGCCGGAGUUUGCAUCCCCUGUACCUAAAGGCCAGGUGCCAGGCAUGCCUCUGUAACCCCAGGGCAGGGCGAGGGUGGGCUGGAGACAGGCUGGGGCUCACUGGCCAGGCUAGCCUGGCUGAAUCAAUGAGUUUCCGGUUCAGUGAGAGACCCUGUCUCAAAAGAUAAAUUGUAAGCUGGGCAUGGUGGUGCAUACCUUUAAUCCCAGCACUCUGGAGGCAGAAUCAGGUGGAUCUCUGUGAGUUCAAGGCCAGCCUGGUUUUCACAGUGAGUUCCAGGACAGCUUGAGCUACAUCGUGAGAUCUUGUCUGAGAAAAAAAAAAAAAGGUAAGUUAUACAAAGAUAGAGGAAGACCCCAGUGUCAAUCAACUGAUUCCCCCUCUGUCUGUCUCUCUGUCUGUCUCUCUUUUGCUCACUUGCUCAAUCUUGCUGUGUAGCCCAGGGUGGUCCAGAACUCACUAGAUGUCUCAGGAUGGUUUUGACCUUUGAUCCUCCAGCCUCAGCCCCUGGUUUCACUUUUUUUUUUUUUUAAAUUCAGCAGAACAGGUAAGUUCUCAAUGGUUCAAAUGCUAUCUAUAAUCCUUACAGAUAUAGACUGUCCUGUGGAUGAUUUUCAAAAGUUUUAUGCUAAUUAAACAAUAUAAAAAUAAACCAAGUUAAGGGUUUGGAGGCAUAUUUUUACAUACAGAUAUGAAAACUAUAUUUUCAUUAUUCAAAACAUUGUAGGAGGCAGAGGAACUCUGACUGUUCUCACAGCUCAUCCCUUCCCCCAGGCUUCUCUUUCCUACCUGCUUCCACCUCAGAUAUCACUGAUCUGGCUUUUGGCUUUUGAAAAUAUUAUUUUCAAUUGAGAACCUGACAGAUAUCAGAAUAGGAUGAUCUCCCUCAUGAGCUAAAAGGAGACCAGAAUUUCUGAAUUAGUUGUGGUGAGUUUUAAAAAUCUGAGAUUUGGGGGUUGGAAAGAUGACUCCGUGGUUAAGAAUAUUGGCUGGUCUUCCAGAGGACCUGGAUUCAAUGCCCAGCUCCCACAUGGCAGCUCACAACUGUCUGUAACUCCAUUUCCAGGGGAUCUGGCACCCUCAAACACAUACAUGUAGGCAAAACACCAAUACACAUAAAAUAAAUAAAUUAUUUUAAAAAGCCCUGAGGUUUUGAUUUUUAAACUCACAGUCCAAAAAAAAAAAGGUGUCAGGUUGGGAAGAAAAAUGUGAUCACCGAUGUCAGCUCGGUCUCAUCAGUGUGUUUCAGCGGUCCAUAAACACAGAAGGGUCCAAGGAUAGUCUAAAAUGGUUUGUACUGGUAGUUUGUAUGGUGCUGUCUCUGAAGAAAGGUAACUUUAGUCUGACUUUGUUUGGAUUUUGUCACAGAUUUUUUUUUAUAAUAGUUUUAUGCACUGAAGUGUAUACAUAAUAAACAUCCUUAUAUACA